CAUCUUGCAAAAAUUUCUGGACAAAUUAAAGUUUGUAACAAAGUAACUGAAGAUGUUGAGCUUCAAUUCAAAAGGCUUUUGGAGGAAAACAAAAAAAUAAGGCAGAAAAAAGAAAAUUUACAUCUGAUUGUUAUGAUGUGAAAAGUGAAAGAGAAGCGGAAGAAGAGGGUGAAGCGCCUAAUCCUGUACAACCUCCGGCUCCUGCAACAAUGGGAGACAAAGGAAAGAGAAGAGCGAUUGCUGCUACUCCAAUUGGAAGUUAUUUUAAGGAAAGGACUACGCCAGGCUCUCAACCAGCUUUGAAAAGUGUCUUGGCCAGUAAACAAGUUAAACACAAGGUUAAGUUGGGGCUUGCAAGAUGGAUCAUUGAUGCACGGAUUCCAUUCAAUGCAAUUCAAUCGCCUUACUUUCAACCUGCCUUGGACGGCGUUGCUACGAUUGGACCUGGUUUCAAGGGACCGUCGUAUGACGAAAUGAGAGUUCAUUUGCUGGCCGAUCUUAAGAAGGAGUGUCAGUUGCUUGUUGAAGGUUAUAGGAGCUCGUGGAAAAGGACUGGUUGUACACUGAUGGCAGAUGGCUGGACUGAUCAAAGGCAACGUACGUUAAUUAAUUUUCUAGUUUAUUGUCCUGCUGGUAUGUCAUUUGUUAAGUCUGUUGAUGCUUCUGAUAUGAUAAAAACUGCCGAUACCUUGUUUAAACUGUUUGCUGAGGUUAUUGAGUGGGUUGGGUCUAGUAACAUUGUGCAUGUGGUUACUGAUAAUGCUGCGAAUUAUGUAUCUGCUGGGAAACUCAUUCAUGAAAAGUAUCCAAACAUUUUUUGGUCUCCUUGUGCUGCUCAUUGCAUCAAUCUUAUCUUGAAAAACAUAGCAAGUCUUCCUCACAUAGCUGACCUUGCCUCUCGUGCUUCAAAAGUGACUGUCUUUGUUUACAAUCAUAUGAUUUUCUUGUCAUGGCUUAGAAAAAUAAAAGAGUGGAAAGAAAUUGUUCGACCAGGAGUAACACGUUUUGCUACUGUUUUCAUUACUUUGAAAAGUAUAUAUGAUCAUAAACAAGACUUGCAAGCAUUGGUGAUUGACAAAUAUUUCACUUCUUAUAAAUUAUCCAAGAGUGUCAAUGGGAAGAUGGUUAGUUCAAUUAUCUUGGAUAGUAAGUUUUGGGAGGAUUGUUUUACUACUGUUAUGCUUGUUGGUCCUCUAAUUAAGUUAUUGAGGCUUGUGGAUGCUGAUGAGAAACCUUCUCUGGGUAUCGUGUAUGCGGGCAUGCAAAGAGCCAAAAUUAAUAUCAAGACAAUGUUUAGAAAUAGGAAAUCUGCAUACACACCUUAUACAAGUAUCUUGAAAAUGCGGUGGGAUAAGCAUUUGAAGCGUGACCUCCAUGCAGCAGCAUACUUUUUGAAUCCAGAUUACUUCUAUAGCGAGGGGUUUGUUGAAAAGGCAAAUAUCUUGAGGUCUUUGCUUGAUUUAUUUGAUAUUGAAACUCUUUGCGAUGACUCGGUUGCCGCAAUGCAAGAGAUACAAUUGUAUCGAGAUCGAAAAGGAAGUUUUGGAAGGGAAAGUGCAUUGAAAGCAAUUAAGAGACUUGAACCUGGUGAAUGGUGGAGGCUACACGGUGGGAGUGCUCCUAACUUGCAAAAAAUGGCAGUUCGUCUUCUUCAUCAAACAUCUUCAUCAUCCGGCUGCGAGAGGAACUGGAGCCUCUUUGAACAAAUCCAUUCAAAGAGGAGGAACCGAUUAGAGCAUCAAAGGCUAACUGACAUUGUUUAUGUCACUUAUAAUCUACUUCUUCAAUCUAGAAUGCAUCGCAAGAAGAAGAAUUAUGAUCCAAUUGACAUUCAAAGCAUUGACACAGUAGAUUUUUGGGUAAUGCCGGAUGAAGAAGAUCCUGAAUUUACUAAUGGAGACAUCGAAGGCGUUGAAAAUUUAAUUUAUACGGAUAAUGCUAUGCCUUCAUAUCCUACAGAUGGAGGAGAUGUGGAACUUGGUGUGGAUUUCCCUAAUGUUGCUGAUUCUUCAAAUACAACUUCUUUUGGUGGUACUUCUGAUGAUGGUGGCUUUGGAUUACCUGUUUAUGAUGGAGAUGUUGGAACACUUAAUGAUAAUUAUAAUUUUUGA